UCGAGGACCGUGAUGCCGAUGCUACCGAGACGAACUUAACGGUUCCCAGUAUCAAACGUGUCACAGUUCGAGGAUUACGCGUGUUCAUAUCAAUUAUUUAAAAAUUAAUUUUAAAUUAUAUUAUGAUUAUUAGAUUUAUACUACGGAUUACAUACAUGAGAUUGAAGAUAAUUCGAAGUGUAUAACUGGGAAUAUAAGUUCAUUUCGAGUGGCAGUAACAACAGGUGGCGUCAACAGAGGCCGUUGUUUUUGACGAUAUUCUUCAUAGUGCGCUCGUUCGCGUAUGAAAUAGACCGCCUUUCGUUUCUCCGUACGUUUUUUUUUUUUUUUUUUGCAUAAUUCUUUUAAAACUGAGGUGAUAACAAAAUUUGGCUUGGCCGGAACACAUCAUGGAUCAUAACAGGCUGUAAACUAAUAGUAAUAAAUAUGAAUAUACAUCCAACGGUGCUGUUGCUGCUAUUUGCAAGCAUAAUUAUUACUGUGGCAGCAACCUCCAGUUGUCCAUGGGCGCAACACAUAGCUGAUCUCGAAAGCUCCUGCAUCUGUGAUUACAAUCUGGCCAGAGAAUUAUCUGUACAAUGUGACAUCGUCAACUACGAACAACUACUGUCUGCUAUACGGCGUUACGUUUCGAAAACUACCAUAGAUUUGUUUUACAUAAACAACAGCACCAUAGGGGUAUUAAAGAACGAUUCAUUUGGAUUUGUAAAAAUCAACAACAUGCAAUUGUCCGGUUGUCAAAUUAAAACGAUCGAGCCAGAAGCUUUCAAGGGACAAGAAAAUUCCUUGAAGAGUCUCAAUUUAAAGGAUAACGAAUUGACGGAGAUUCCUAGUGCCACUUUGAAAACUUUGAGGAAUCUUACUAUAUUGGAUCUCUCGAUGAAUAAAAUCACAAAGGUGAAUGAUAACACUUUCACAGGAUUGAAAUUAAUUACGCUGAAACUUUCCGAUAACGAAGUAACUUUAUCACCUGGAGCAUUUCGAGGAUUAGAGAGAACGUUGAAGAACUUGAACUUGAAAGGUACUAGACAAAAAAAAGUUCCUGAAGCGCUAAAAGGCCUGAAGACAUUGGCUUUUCUCGAUUUAUCGCAGAACAGUAUCAGAGAAUUGCCUGGAUCUGCGGGCAUGAAAGCUUUCGAAGGACUCGACUCGUUGACUGGAUUAAAUCUUGAAAGGAACUUGAUUCAGAAUAUCGGGCCGGAUGCCUUUUAUGGAAUUAAGAAUACAUUGAGUUCGUUGAGUUUGUUGAACAAUCUCGUUCCAGACUUUCCUAUGGUUGCUAUUAACAGUGUUCAAGAUCUUAGGGUGCUCGAUAUUGGAUUCAAUUUAAUAACUGAACUGCCAGUAAAUGCUUUUCAAAAAAAUCCAUCCAUAACUCUAUUGGCAAUCGAUGGAAAUCCUUUGUCAACUGUUCCGGAAGAGGCUCUAGCUCGAUUGAAUGGAACACUUCGAGGUUUGAGUUUGGGAGGUCGAUUCCUUAUUUGUGAUUGCAAAUUACGAUGGAUCGUCGAAUGGAUAGAAACGAGAGAUUUGCAAGUUACUAGUCGGGAACGUAAACCGCAAUUCUGUGGAAGUCCGCAAAAAUUGCAGGAUAAAAGUUUUUAUAACAUCAGUCCAGGAGAAAUGAUCUGCGAAAAUGCGCCAGAAAUUGUAGGAAUUGGCACAGUAGAAAGUGUGGACACAAAAGAACCUACUGGAUCCGCUGGAAUAGCUAGUAGUUAUAAUCCAAUUACUCGACCCUCGAUCAAUGUAUUUUAUAAUGUAACAACAACAACCACAUCAACCACGACACUUCUAUCUUCCACAACAGAAUCUCAAAAAAUCGAAACAACACCAUCUUCAACUACUCCGAAAACGAUCACUAACAGACCAACUGUUGCACGAACAGGAAAUGUAGUGAUAAUGAGAACCACAUUAUCUCCACCAAAACAAGUCCAAGAUCAGUUACAGCAACAUCAACCAAGGCCACCAUUGGUACUUGGUUCACCACUUUACAAAUCUAAGUUAAACGACAAAGAUAUUAUAGUUAAAGACGUGCUCAGACAAGAUAAUGCGGUGAUUAUAUAUUGGGAUACAGAAGCAACUAAUAUUUUAGGUUUUAAAGUAAUUUACAGAUUGUUUGGGGACAACAGUUUUAAACAAGCACCUCCUUUAGAGGCUAGUGAACGAGAAUUCAAAAUUAAGAACGUUCCUUCACAAGAAUGUAUUGUAGUUUGCGUAAUAUCGUUAGAAGAAACAAACAUCACUCCUGCAAAUGUACCUUACAAUCAAUGUAAAGAAGUAAGAACAGAAAAUUCGCCUACAUCUAAUAUGGAUAAAAUUACCAUUGCUGCAAGUGCAGCUAUAUGUGCCACUAUAGUGGUUGCCGUGAUAAUAUUUAUUGUUGCGAAUCGACGAAGAGCCAGAAAACUUCACACCCUUCAUAGUAUUGAUCAGACAAAAAUGGGUGGACCUAUUGCUGGAUUACCAGUAAAUUGUUGUUCUAAUGUUGGUCCGACUCCAAGCCCUGGUGGGCCGUUAUCAUCAAUGGCAACUCUCAGUGCUUAUAAUGCUCAGAAAGAAUGGGAUCAAGUAUCUGCGUAUAGUAAUAGAAGUAUACCAAGACCAAGAAUAUUUCCUAUAGACCGACAAGGUUCGAUAACUAGAGCUUCCUGUAUCGAUGAUGUUAGAUCUCAAACAGGACAUUAUAGUGGAAAAGUAUCGACUCGUUCCAUAGUUGACGGUCAAUCUCAGCACAGUUUUUCCAAUACAUCAACAAGAUAUUUCGGAAAUAACACUCUAUCUUCCAAUCUUGCUAAUACAAGAUCAGAAUUGAGACAAUCUCGACAAUCUUUAGCAGCAGCUUCUGAUAGAAUGUCACGAACAAAUUUCUCACCCAAUCAUAUGCCACCACAUUCUUCAUCCAGAAGACAAAGACCAAGAUCGUGUAAUCGUACUUUAGAGCAAAAUCCACCAAGACCGGGUAGCAGAUAUAGCAUAGCCGAUUCGACACAUACUCUUAAUAAUUACGAAGAGAAUAAUUGGACUGAUCAUGAUAUGGAUAUAUAUAUGGCACGCAAUCCAACCACAAGGACUGGUCUCAUGCCUCUUUGAUUCAAUACUCUGUGUGUGUAUGAUUUUGCUCAAACGUGUUCAGUGAACGUGUUCAAUUUUUUUUCAGAACAUCUGAACUGCUCGUAUUCAUAUAAUUGUAUUAUAUAACGUAACAUUUUAAAAGAUUCGGAGAACGGAAUAACGGAAUAGAGUUCAACCGUUAACCAAAAGUAUUUGUUAAAAUAAAAAUCUAAGAUUUACGUCGUUACAAGUAUUACUGUGUAAUACAUGUAUUGACAUAGUAUGAAGAAGAACAUUAAAAUAUAGCUUUAAGAUAAUCGAUAUUAAAAAAGUGUUUAAAGAUACACAUUUAGAAAUAUACUAUGUGUGCUUGAACAAAAAAACUCGAAUAGUUUCAGCACACGAUCUCUCAAAAAAAUAAUAGGAAUAAAUAAAUCAAAUUUAAUAUGUAUGAAUGAUGGAUGACUUUUUAUCCAAAGACUGUAUCAUGAAACAGUAUCUAUCAAGAUCUGUAUUGUGUUUAAUAUUUUAUGUUUGGUUGAUGCAUGUUUACAAGAAACUGUACUGAUCUUAAAAUAUUUUAUGACAUGUGAUAUGUUCUAGCAAUGAGAGAUUUUUUCAUUAAAAAUAUAACACUAUUUUAUAUAUAUUUCUAAAUAACGAUAAUUUUA